AUGUCUGGGGAGGCACCGAUGUGUGAAGUGGACCUAGGUGGCGGCAAGGUGAAGGAGACCAACACGGUUGGCAGAUGCCGUGUGUCCUUUUAUGAGCGAUACAUACAGCCGUGUAUGGCAGAACUUUUGGGCUCUGCCCUCUUCAUCUUCAUCGGUUGCCUAUCAGUAAUUGAGAACAAUCCAAAUGCCGGGCUUCUACAGCCAGCCCUGGCUCAUGGGCUGGCCCUGGGGCUCAUCAUCGCUAUCUUGGGAAACAUCAGUGGUGGACACUUCAACCCUGCUGUGUCUCUGGCAGUUACACUCAUUGGAGGCCUCAACAUCAUGCUGCUUAUUCCCUAUUGGAUCUCCCAGCUGUUUGGGGGACUGAUUGGGGCUGCCUUGGCUAAGGCGGUGAGUCCAGAGGAGAGGUUCUGGAAUGCAUCUGGGGCAGCCUUUGCAACAGUCCAGGAGGAGGGGCAGGUGGCAGUAGCCCUGGGGACAGAGAUCAUUCUGACAAUGUUGUUGGCGUUGGCUGUGUGCAUGGGCGCUGUCAAUGGGAAGACAAAGGGCCCUCUGGCGCCAUUCUCCAUUGGCUUCUCUGUCAUUGUGGAUAUAUUGGCAGGAGGUGCAAUCUCUGGAGCCUGUAUGAACCCUGCUCGUGCCUUUGGACCUGCUGUGAUGGCUGGCUAUUGGGACUUCCAUUGGAUCUACUGGUUGGGCCCUCUCUUGGCUGGCCUCUUUGUAGGACUGCUCAUUAGGCUCUUCAUUGGAGAUGAGAAAACCCGUCUAAUCCUGAAGGCAAGAUGAAGAAGCACUGCUGGGAGUCCUCAAUGCCUGUCCUGAGCUGAGGAUAGUACAAUUGGAUCACUUCCUGCAGGGCUGAGCACAGAAGAGCCACUGUGGCAGCAGCUGACCUUGGCCCGGCUUUUCUGGCAGACUGGAUGCUGCUAUGUCCCGAGCAAGUUCCUAGAACCUGGAAUUCCUUUGGUUCACAGACUGCUCCUGGGGAAUGUGUGGCCAACAAUGUCUAAAGACAGAUGGAGACCACAGAAAAAGAGGUCUUCUUGAGAGGGCAGGUCACAAGAGAGAUGAGCAGGUGGGAAAUGUGGCUGCUAAAGCUCAUUUCCCUAGCCUUCUUCCUUCCUUCUUCCCUUCCUUCCUUCCUUCCUUCCUUCCUCUCUCUUUCUUUUUCUUUCUUUCUUUCUAUGUUAGGUUUGGAACCCAAGGUCUCAUGCAUACUAGGGGAGCACUUUGCUACUCAGCUUCCUGCUCUCCCCACCCUCUUUCCUCUUGAUUCCACUGUUACAGAAGGGAUUUCGGGAGCCCAAUGACCUCUUUGCUUCCCCAG